AUGAUAGUCCUACUAUUGGCGUUCCUUCCACUGUGUAUCUGUACUACACCUUAUCUUCUGCGUUCAUAUCCAACCGAGUCGACUGUAGUUCAGUUCCCAUUCAAGAAUGUGCCAUGUGAGGAACCAAUUAAAAAACUGGAAUUUUUACAAAAUACUGAUGUUGAUUCUUUAAACCAUACUGAAUGUUCUCAUAAUGAAGAUGAGUCGCUUCUCAUAUGUAAAUUAGGUGUUGGUAAUACCACUGAUUCACUUAAGCUUGACAAUUAUCCAAUCGAUAAAAUCACUAUAGUUAUUCUAUUUGUUCAACAAUUUCUAUCAGUUAAACCAAUACCUCGUGUACUCGACUUAUGUUUUCUAAAUCGUUUCAGUCAGCCAUUACAAGAACUGGCUAUCUGUGGUUACCAACCAAGUAUAAAUGUUCAGAACCAAUAUCCUUAUCUACACAUUCUCGAUGUUCCUACACUCGCGAUUGCUGCUUCAAACAUUCACACUUUAUUAAUCAGUGGUAUCUGUGUUGAUGUAUGGCAAAGUGUCGAAUUGCGUCAAAUGAAAUCUUUAAAACAUUUAUUAAUCAUUCAAGGCGCUACUAUGCAAAUGAGGUAUUAUCAUUCUCCACAUUGUGCUGAUUGUGUCGAUGCGCAUCCGAAAGCAGAUUACUCAUUUCAUUAUCUGAUUCAUCUGUCCUCACAAUUAACCUAUUUCCUCUACGAUUCUCCAUAUAAAUACACUUCGUGCCAGUAUGAUUUAUUGAAAACCAUACGUUCGGAUCUAAAGCAAAUUUCCACGUUUAUCGUUGCUUCAGACUCAUUUAACGCAGAUUUGGAUAAUCCCAUAUGUAAAACUUGUCAGAGUGGUUUAUGUCCACUAUUAGCUGUGUGUCUUGACGAAACAUCGAAGACGCGACGAGAUUCCCAGGAACCAUUCGAAUGCCUAUGUGUCGAGGAAUUAGCAGUCGAAGAUGAAUUUAAAUCAUGCAAACCCAUGACACUUCAUCCUCCGAUGUACUCAACACGAUGUAAUCAUACUCCAUCAAUUUGGAAUUAUAUAUCACGAUCGAUGAUUGUCGCUGCUAGUUAUUAUCUAUGUUCACUGAUCGCUUUUAUUGGCUCAACGAUAUUUCUACUGAGAAUCAAAUCGUAA